AUGGCUGACAAGAUUCGAGAGAAAAUGAACAACCUUCGCUUGGAGGCAGACAAUGCUGUCACUCGCGCAGAGGAGGCCGAAGCGAAGAAUAAGAAAUACGAACAGCUUCUCCUUGAGAAGGACCAAGAGAUUACGUCUUUACAGCACAAGCUUGCGUUGCUGGACGCGGAUCUGGAGAAAGCCGAAACCAAGGUUCAAGAGUACAAGGUGGCUCAGGAGGAGGGCGAACAUUCCAAGUCGACGAACGACAGUCUACUGAGGAAGAUACAGCUGCUCGAAGAGGAGCUCGAUGUCGCGGAGAAGAACGUCAAGGAUACCGUCGAGAAGUUGCGCCAGGUCGAUGUGAAAGCAGAGCACUUUGAGCGCCAGGUCGGAAGGGUCGAGCAGGAGCGCGAUAUGUGGGAGAAGAGGUGGGAAGAAGCCCAGGCAAAGUACAAUGCGUCGAAGAAGGAGCUCGACGAACUCCUUCAGACUAUGGAAGGGCUCUAA